GGGCGUGGUUAGGGUGUGGCUUACUGAUUUACAAACAAAAUGGCUGCCAGGUCGUUGUGGCGAUUACGAUGUACGUCCCUUGCUUCUCCUUCUCUUUUCAGACCAGCAGCAACCAGUAUGGUUGUGUACCAGUCACGUGAUGCCAGUACUGAUGGUUCUUCAGUUGCUAAGAGGAGUCGGUUUGACAAUGCAGCUGAAUACGCAUUCAUGAAACUGGACGACAUAGUGAACUGGGCCAGAGCGGGUUCUCUGUGGCCGAUGACGUUUGGUCUUGCUUGUUGUGCAGUUGAGAUGAUGCACGUGGCUUGUGCUCGCUAUGAUCUGGACAGAUUCGGUGUCGUGUUUAGGGCAAGCCCUCGUCAGUCAGAUGUGAUGAUAGUCGCUGGCACUCUCACCAACAAAAUGGCUCCUGCUUUAAGAAAGGUUUAUGAUCAGAUGCCCGAGCCUAGAUGGGUCAUAUCAAUGGGAAGCUGUGCUAAUGGUGGUGGUUAUUAUCAUUAUUCCUAUGCCGUGGUGAGAGGGUGUGACAGGAUCGUUCCAGUUGAUAUCUAUGUCCCUGGCUGUCCACCCACGGCUGAGGCCUUGCUGUAUGGGGUACUCCAACUACAGAAGAAGAUAAAGAGGACCAGAGCUAUGUCUAUGUGGUACAGGAAAUGAAAGAAAGAACACUUCAUAAUAUAUACACUCUCUCUCUCAGUAUAAUAUUAAUGAUUGUUGAUUGGUGCAGUUUCAUAGCUAUAUAUAGUCAUUGUGUAUUGUUGUAUAAUUGUAAUUAAUUUAAUACA